UAAAGCUGAACUGGCCUCUUCUUCAAACGUUGCCUGUACAGAGUGUUUAUGGAGUCCAGUUUGCUGUUUGUGUGAUAUAACACAGGAACUUUUCUUCUCCGGUGCCGAUUCCACGACGGCUUAUUUUAGGAGACAGUAGGAAGGAUAUUUUAAGAGAGUGAACUUGUUAAAGGGUGCUCGUCGAUAGUCACAGCUGCUGUAAUGAGUUUCUUCCUCGUGCUUCAAUGCUACUUUUCCAGUGUGUCCAAUCGGAGGCCUUAUAAGGAGAGCCGUGAUCAGUUUUGAUGAGAAGCAUCCCUUCUUUCACUCCUGACCUCUACCUCUAUUGACUCUCAGUGGAUACACUUUUGUAUACACCUGUUAUACUCUGUGAUUUUCUUUUUUUCAUGAUGAUCCAUUUAUUGGUUCUGCAGCUGUCGUCCAAGCCGCCAUUUUUAUCAAACCUUUUCUCAAGAGAAGGCUGAUUCCUGCCUUUUCAGCUUAAGUUUUCAGAGAUAUUAAGUUUUUGUUACCAAGGACAUUUUUUUCUUCUAUUUUUCUGCUUUCUUGUGUUAGUUCUUAUUAAACAGUCAUUUUCUUUUUUUCAUUUUUCCUUCUACCUCUUCGCUUCAGCCCUUCCUUUCUGCCACAUACACCUGUACCACAUUAUUUUACUUCACCACUGUGUCACGCUGCUUUUCAUCAUUUUCUUUUUGGGCACAAGCUGAGAAUACACAACAGUUUUCCUCACACAACAGUUUUUUUUGUUUCUGUCUUUUUUUUUCUGUUGCUGAAGUUGUACCAUCCCUGCAGAGGGCACAGCUCAAAGCGAGCUCGGUUGCCAAAGUUAAUCCCACUCGGCUGUCUUAGUUGUUUUCUAUUUUGUACAAAAUGUGGUCUACCUUUUUUGUGACUGACGAGGAGGGCCGCACGGUGGGCCCGGCGGCAGCAGGAACAGUGGGAGGGGCUGCACCUGGGGGAGCAGCCCAGGGUGCAGGGGGUCUGGCCAGCCUGAUGAGCGGACGCAGCACGUUUGGGGGGAACAAGCGCCGCCGGACAACGUCAACAGGACACACCAUGAGUGAGGCCCAGGAGGGAAAGAUCAAGUUGGCGUUCUUUGUGGCCAUCGUGGGCGUCGUCCUUACUGUGCUCGGGGUGGGGACAGAGUUCUGGGUGGAGCUAGCACCCCCGAAGAGUUUCUACAACAAUCAGACAUGUCUGACAGCUCACUAUGGCCUGUGGAAGGGCUGCACCAAGACCCUGUGGGUGGCUGAUAUCGACCCAGAGAGAGAAAGCUGUGGACCUGCUGAACUGCCCGGAGAAUCAAACUGCACCUACUUCAAGUUCUUCACCACGGGGGAAAAUGCUGUGAUGUUUCAGAAGACAACGCAGAAGAAUCUGAAUGUAGUGGCAGCCAUGUUGGCCCUGUUCAGCCUGUUCCUCAUGGUAAUGGGGGCCAUAUGCAUCACCAUGUCUCUCAGUAAAGAAAUCCUGUUCUUCCUCAAGCCAGCAUCAGUCUGCUUCAUUCUGUCAGGUGUCCUGGUGCUUCUCUCUCUCAUGGUUUUCCACCAGUCAGUCCUGGCUUUCCUGGCCAGCGACCACACGGUUCCUCUUCACCACGAGCUGUCCUGGUCAGUGUCGUGUAUUGGCUGUGCGGGGGCCGUCCUGAUCAUAGGUGGGAUCCUCUUCCUGCUGCUGGCACUUCCCUACAGCCCCUGGCAGAGGUGUCUCCCUCAGAAGAACAGCAGCAGCUAGUGGCCUGGAGGUGGUGUUGCACUUUAUAUUUCCCAAAGAUGUCUCAGCAAACAGAUUGCUUUUUCUGUAUAAGGAGUGAUGUGCAUGUGCAUUCGUAAUCAACUUACCCACUAAGUAAUGAGAAGGAUGAAGUAUCCACUUCUUCAUUGGUCCCCGUCAAAAGAUUCUGUACUGCAGAACAUUUACUUUUCACAAGUUCAGUGUAAAACGUCCUCUUUGAUUGUUAAUUUGAGAUCUUCUUGUUCUUUGGUUUAAGACUCCCAGCUUGUAACACAACCUUGAUGAAAUUCAUCCUGUUAGUGAACAUGGAGCUAGCUUAAAAGCUCUAAUGCCAUGUUAAAGUGAAAUAUGCCUUGUAGUAUUCUCUAAUAUGGUAAUCUUAAUGCUUAGACAUGUUUGGGAAACAGUCCUGUAUUGUCUUACUAAUUAUCCUGCAGGGUUUGGAGGCAAUUCACUGUGUACUGUUUGUAUUUUCAUAUGAGACAUUUGUUGUGUCUGUUUGUUCUGGGAAAGUUCAUCAUUAAGUGAACUAAGAAUAUGAACUGAAUGUACAACAAAUAUAUUAAAGCAUCAUCAAGUCUAACAUUGCUGCCUUGCCCAGAAUCAGCCACCUGUCUGCUCACGUAACAAGACGACCAUCCGCACCCUCAAAAAUAAAAACUACACUGAAUGAACUGAGCCGUUUGUUGACCUCCAAUCUGAGAACCUCAUUUAAAAAACUAGUUCAUUCUCAGUGAUGUGUGAAAACAAACAGUAUUAUGUUUGUCCUCUGAUGCCUUCCCUUCUGCAGAGCUGCUUUUUACUAUGUUGGAUGUUAUGUUGUUGUUUUGUUCAUCAGUUAUCAGUCAUAGACAUUAAUUAGCAAUACAAGACAAGUACAUUCAUCUGUUUUCAUUUAUUUUGCGCCAUAUAUUUAUUAUCUGUGUCUGAGCAUAAUUGUGAACACAACUUGUCUUUUUAUCAUCAGGAUCCAGAAGAAUAUGUUUAAUAUGAAGUUUUUAAAUGAGGUGCAAGGUAGUUACUUUAUAAAGUGUUAGACAAGUCUGCCUAGAAAACACUGUAAAGAUUUAUAGCGGAGUAGAAGCUACACAGUGUUAAAUCAGCUAAAAGUGUGAGGCGCUGCCAUGUUUUUACCCUCAGUGUUUCUCUCGGAUGAUUUAUGCUAGAACAAAGUGCUUUUCUGUGCCAGAAUGGAAGGUGAACUGUCUCUGCAACUUUUUUGAACUGAAUCGAUUGAGUACGAAUGACUUCAUUUUAUUAUUAAACAUGACAUGAAUAUUUAAUGUCA